GCAAAUUCGGCGGCGUUUUGAACUCCUCUCCGUGCUGUUUGUCUUGUUUAGACCGCUCACCUGUGGCCACACCAGGCUGCAACAAAUCAGAGGCAGCUGGUUGAUUAAUAUGCGAGUUUGCCUGAUGAAGGCACAUUAUUCAGGUAUAUACUUUUUUGUCGUACAAAAAGUUGCACGCGCUAAAUGUCAUGGCAUGUAGGAGAAGACGACGCGCACUUUCAGAUCACAAUGAUAGACAUGUACCCAACCACAUGGACCAUCUUGCUUUCAAAUACAUGGAGAUGUGUAAAGUGGAGUCCAGCACUGACUCCGACUCAGAAAUCAGUCCAAGAUGGUCAGACACCAGCACUAUGGUAUUGCUUUUGUUUUGAAUUACAAUGGUGAAUUCCUUAUUGAGCAGGGAUGCGGGAGCGGGGCAUUACGUCGGACACUGCUACUGAAGCCUGCAGCCAGGCAUGGUUCUUACUCUUUGUUUUUGGACCCAUAUGAUGGGAGCUCUGAGGAUUCAGAUGAGUCAAACAUUGAUGUCAGUGUCUCCAGGCGAACAAGGCAGCAGGGAAAAGGAGGAGGUGGAGGAUGUCGGUUUUUGGGCCGGAGCAAGAGAUGUCUCCUUCAUCACCCUGCUUCAGUGACCCUCAAAGAAGUACUUAAAAAUGGGAUGAAAGAUCCUUUAACAGAGCAGCAACAUCUUCUGGAUGUCCAGAUGAAACAUGGGAGUGACUCUGAACUAUGGGUCUGUGACCUUGACACUCUGCCCUCUCACAGUGACAAGGAUGGUUGUAGAGAUCAUACAGUAGAAAAGGCAAAUGAAUCAACAAUGCACACCCAAACCAUGGACAUUGAAUUGCAACUUGAUGACUCAGGCUUGCAUGCUACAAGAUCCUCCACACCCCACACAACUGAACCUCUCACCUCAGUGGGAGGAAGCUCAUCCCAGAUGCUGGAUAGCUCCUCUGAGAAAUCCCCUAGCCCAUGUAACCUCCAAUCUCUUUACAAGAGAAAGCUGGGUCUCCCUGGAGCAGAAGUGGUGGAACUGGGGCAAAGGAAGCGGCAGUGUGUUGUCAACAUGGAGGACAAACAAGAGAGACUGAACUCGGAGCCAUGUAUCCAAGGACUGACAGGCUGCUGCAGUCAUAUGGUUUAAGGUCGAGUGAAAUACUGUAAAUAGUUACUUUGCAAUGCACUUUGAUAACUCAUGUUUUGCACAGAGAUGUGAUUUAUUUUUCUAUCUCCAGUAAUUUUGAAUAUUUCAUGGAGGUGACAUUGUCUACUGCCUCUCUUUGAGCAGUUACGAGUUUUGUUGGGAUAUUUAUUUUAUUAAUCUGCACCGUGUUAGAACCGAGUACAACCUCUGCACUGCCAAAGAAGAAACUGUAGCACAUUACUUGCUUGUUUGUUUGUUUUUGUUUUUUGUCCAGAUAAGCUAAAUAUCUUCUACUUCAGUGGACAGCCAAAUUGGAACACCUGUUAGAUGAUGGCAUCCAGCAGCUGUGGCUAACCUGAGUCUUGGUCUCAGAUUCUGCAUCAGUUUAAAUUUUGUAGAAAUGACAUCAUUCUAAUUGCAUUUUAUUUUAAAGCUGUUCCUAUGUAGUCCUAGUGUUUGGAGAUCUCUUGCUCGAAAAUCACAUUUCUGUACCAGACUGCAAUGAUGUAAAUUUAAAUAAAUAGGUUAUAUAAAUA